UUUAUUAUUUUUAAAAAUUAUUGCCUAUAAUGUUUAGAGAUAUAACUUAAAAAUUAUGAUAAAAAAUUGUGAAAAAAUGAUUCAGAAAAACUUUUUGAAAUGAGUCUUAAAAGAUCUCUGAUAAAUAUAGCUAAACUACCUUUAAAAGAUGUCAAAGAAAUUUUCAGUUCUUUUGAUACAGUAUUAACGGAUUGCGAUGGAGUUAUCUGGUCAUCAGCUGAUGUUAUAAAAGGAGCUAAAGAAGCAUUAGAUUUGAUAAGAGGUAAGGGGAAAGAACUGUUUUACUACAGUAAUAACUCAACGAGAUCCAGAGAAAUGUUUAAAUCAUCAAUAACGAAGUUUGGUUUUCAUUGUAAAAACGAAGAUAUCAUUUCAACAACAUUUUUAACCGCUUAUUAUCUCAAAUCAAUUAAUUUUAAUAAGAAAGCUUACGUAAUAGGCUCGAUUGGACUCUGUAAAGAAUUAGAAUUAGUUGGAAUAAAGCACACUUCAGUUGGACCCGACGUUCUUAACAUAAAAGAAUCGAUUUAUGAAUAUGUCGAUUCCUUCCAACCCGAUCCUGAAAUUGGAGCUGUAGUCAUCGGUUACGACAUCCACAUUUCAUUGCCGAAACUCAUCAAAGCCUCGUCAUAUUUAAAUCGUCCGGAUGUUUUAUUCGUGGCCACAAAUACCGAUCAAAGUUAUCCAUUAACCAGAAAAGAUGUUGUUCUUCCUGCUGUGGGUUCAAUAGUUGCUGCAAUACAAGCUGUCGACAAUCGCAAACCUUUUAUAAUUGGAAAACCGGAAACUUAUGCUUUGGAAUGGCUGAGGAAAGAAGUUCAUGUCGAAGCUAAAAGAACAUUAAUGAUCGGAGAUAGAUUGAACACUGAUAUAUUGUUUGGUACACGAUGUGGUUUUCAAACGUUGUUAGUUCUAACAGGAGUUACUAAAUUAGAAGAUGUUGAAAAAUUGCUCAAAUCUAAGACAAAGGAAGAUAAAGAUUUAAUACCGGAUUUUUAUAUAGAAUCCAUAGGACACUUAGUAAAUAUUCUUAACUCGUAAUGUUUUUAUGUACUCGUUGAAAUUAAAUCAAAACUCUUAUAAUUAAUAUUAUUAUUUAAAUCA